AUGUCCUCAAAUAAUAUUGAGUCUCAGGGCGAGCAGUACAGUUUGCACGAAGGUGGUAGAAGUGAUAGAAAUGUGACAGAUUUAAAUUCUAUUCAAGAAUCGGAUUUUGAGAACGAGCUACAAGGCUUGGAACGUGAAUAUACAACUUUCAAGAAUAAUGAACACGAAAAUAUUGACAAACAUGUAAAUAACAACAGUGGUGUUAACUCCAGUAGCAACAACAAUGGUAACAAUCCCUUUAAAUACGACUCUAUAAACCAUUCUAACGCAAAAACCUCUUCUGCAGAUUAUAGUAACGAUUUAGAUCAGGGUGGUAGUUCAAUACCGGAACAUCUAUAUGUGCGUGAUUAUCAAGAAAGCGAAAUCAGUAUUAAAAACUACUAUGAGAGGACCAUAGCCCCAAACAUGACAUUUAAAAGCGUUGGUAACUACUUUUUAAGUCUAUUUCCCAUAUUAAAGUGGAUGCCUCAUUACAAUAUUACUUGGUUUGUUGCUGAUUUGGUUGCUGGUAUUACUGUUGGUUGUGUUUUGGUUCCACAAUCCAUGUCAUAUGCUCAAGUGGCCACGCUACCAGCUCAGUACGGGUUGUACUCCAGUUUUAUUGGUGCUUUCAUCUACUGUUGUUUUGCCACUUCAAAAGAUGUUUGUAUUGGUCCAGUUGCGGUUAUGUCGUUGGAAACAGCCAAGGUCAUUGCCAGAGUUACAGAGAAAUUACCAGCGGAUACUGAGAUAACAGCACCUGUCAUUGCUACUGUUUUGUCUAUGUUAUGUGGUGUUAUUUCCCUUGGCUUGGGUUUGCUAAGGUUGGGGUUUUUGGUCGAAUUAAUUUCCUUAAACGCGGUUGCUGGAUUUAUGACUGGUUCUGCCUUGAACAUUGUUGCCGGCCAGGUUCCUGCUUUAAUGGGAUAUAAUAGCAAAGUUAACACUAGACAGGCUACAUACUUGGUCAUCAUAGACACUUUAAAGUGUUUACCGGAUUCUAACAUCAAUGUUUGCUUUGGCUUGAUUCCAUUGGUUAUUUUAUACCUUUGGAAAUUUACUUGUUCGACUUGGGGUCCAAUGUUGAUUACCAAACUGAAACUAACUGGUAGAAAAAAGUUUUUUGCUGAUAAAUUCUUUUUUUAUGCCCAAACCGUGAGAAACGCAGUGGUCAUCAUUGUUUUCACUUUGAUUUCCUGGGGAUGUUGGAGAAGUAAUAAAAAUACAAAUGUUAAAAUGUUGGGUACGGUUCCUGCCGGUUUGAAAGACGUCGGUGUCAUGAAGUACCCGCCCGGAUUAGCCACUAAAAUCGCACCCAACUUACCUGCAAGUGUUAUUGUUUUGUUGUUAGAGCACAUCUCUAUUGCUAAGUCUUUUGGUAGGAUUAAUAAUUAUAAAGUUGUCCCUGAUCAGGAAUUGGUUGCCAUUGGUGUUGCCAACUUGGUUGGAACUUUUUUCAACGCAUACCCUGCCACCGGUUCUUUCAGUAGGUCUGCUUUGAAAGCUAGAUGUCAGGUGCGUACUCCAUUCAGUGGUGUUUUCACAGGUGCUUGUGUUUUGUUAGCUCUUUAUUGUUUCUCUAAGGCCUUUUAUUUCAUUCCAAAGGCCACGUUGUCUGCUGUUAUUAUUCAUGCUGUUUCAGGUUUGGUUGCCUCUUACAAGGUUACUUGGAAUUUCUGGAAAGUCAGUCCAUUGGAUUUUUUGGCAUUUAUUAUAACUGUUUUCAUCACUGUUUUUGCCAGUAUUGAAGAUGGUAUUUAUUUUGCCAUGUGUUGGUCAUGUGCCCUAUUGUUAUUUAAAGUCGCCUUUCCAUCUGGGAAAUUCUUGGGUAGAGUUCAAAUUGCCGAAGUUUUAAAUCCAAAAAUAAUCAAAGUGGAUUCAGGUGAAUACAAUAAUGAUAGUGACGACAGCAAUGGAUUUAAUACAGGUAGCGAUAUUAUUAUUGAAGAAACAAUUAAUGUCGGUAAUAGUGGUGAUAAAUUUGAAAAAAAAGAUGGGGGAAAUUACCAAGAAGUAUCAACAUCGAAACAAGGUGAAUCAAGUGGUGGUAAGGGUUCUAAGGACUUUGAUGAUUACAGUAUUGUUAAUAGAAACAGAGUGGUUUAUCACACAAAAUGGGUCCCAUUGGAUCCUAAAUACACAAGGGAACUUAAUCCUGACGUUAAAGUUAUGCCACCGCCACCAGGUGUUAUAGUUUAUAAACCAAAUGAAAGUUGGACUUACAUUAAUUGUUCUAGACAGUAUGAUAUUAUUUUUGACCGUAUUAAGAAAUUGACUAGGAGAGGUCAGUUGGUUGAGCACACUUCUCCAAAUGAUCGGCCGUGGAAUGAUCCCGGUGAGUGGCACCCACCUCAAAUUUUCAAAAAAUUUGGUAGAAAUAAAUCAGCUAAUUCCGUUUCAGCUGCUUCUGUCUCCAAUUCCGCCACUCAAGUGUUUAGUAAAUUGUGGAGGAAAAAGGCUAACAUCAACAAGGAUUUUGAUGAAGAUAACUUGUAUAAUGAACCGCAAGAGCCAAUUGAAGAUGAAGUGGUUGAGGGGACGCCUUAUGAAAGUGAAAAUGAUAACGACAAUAGGCCGAUACUGAAAGUUUUAGCACUUGAUUUUUCUAAUGUUAACCAAAUAGAUGCAACAGGGAUCCAAUCUUUGGUCGAUCUAAGAAAUGCAGUUAAUAGGUAUGCUGAUAGACAAGUUGAAUUUCAUUUUUCUGGGAUAAUAUCGCCAUGGAUUAAAAGAGGGUUAAUAGGCUCUGGAUUUGGCACUAUUAAUGAUGAAUUUUCCAAUCAAUCUUUAAUAUACGGACACACUAGUUAUCAUAUUGUGAAUAGUAGUUAUUCAAAGCAACGUUUUGACAAUAAUAAUGAUAUUGAAACACAAGCAGUAGGAUAUGAUCCUGCUACGGGCAUUAAUACGCCCUUUUUCCACAUUGAGACUCCGGACUUUAGUCAAUGGGAUAUUUAA